AUGGGGGACGCAGCAAGGUUGCCGGUGCUUGCCCCUGCUUCCGUUGGCACACCGCGAGCUGUGGGGAUAUCAACUUUCGAACGUCGCCGUCACAUCGCUGUGACUGCUUGCGCAGAGUGUCGUGCCAAGAAACGUAAAUGUAGCGGAAAAAGUCCGUGCGCGGCAUGUGUGUCGCUGGGCAUAGAAUGUCUGCUUGACUCGGAGAGCAGUCACCGCCGCUUAGUCGGUACUAAACGACGAGGCGGUGAAAUAGAGAUUAAGAACUCGACUUUGAAGAAAAAGGUGCAACCGCUGGAGGAUGAGACUCAGUCGUUAAGUCGCCAUCCGCCAGAUGUGUCAACGGCGCGUGCGGAGGCCUGCGAGAUGGCCGUGAUUAGCUACGAAUCUAGCGAGACUCGCGCGUGUGAUGCUCAAGGCACUGCCUCGACAGAUAUCGUCAAGAAGACCGGGACUGAUUCAGUCUCUGUGCUCAAAGAUAGCUCUUCCGAUCGGUCGACAGAAGACUGGAACAGCAUCUGGGCUAUAUAUGAGAGAGUCUGCAACUGUGCACCCGCAGACCUCUUCAAGGUGGCCAAUGCCAUCCGCAGUAGCUCGGAUCCGACACUAGCAGCGCAAUAUUUGCGCCAAGUCUCCCUUGGCCGACUCGCUGAUGCCCACGUCGGCUUGUCGAACUUAGCAACAGAGUACAAGCUGAUAAGCUCACCGAGGCUGCAGGCCCUGUGCGAAGAGCCCAUCCUUUUCGCUCCUGCAAAGCCAUGGACGACCAUCACAGACAGUGACCGACUGGUGUCGCAUCUACUCUCUCUAUAUUUCACCUGGGAUCAUCCCUGCUAUACGUGUCUCCGAAGACCGUGGGAUCGUUUUAAGGAGAUGGAUAUGUGUAUCCGCUUCCUGUCGGAAGCCCGGCAGCUCUGGGUAUCACAUCCCCAGCCUACCUUGACCUCAAUCCAGGCACUAGUUGUCAUGAACCUAACCUACAACUGCCUGGGUAAGGACAAGAUCGGCUGGUCCUGCUUGGCGGCAGCGAUCCACAUGGCAAAUGAGCUCAAAUUGUAUGAGCCGUUGUCUGGGGUCCGCAGCGCAGGGUUGGUUGAACCCGCCUGGAAUAGAGCACAUGCAGUUACGGCCUGGGGCCUUUUUGAGUGGCAAGCACUUGCGGCAAGUGUAGUUGAUGAUGCUCCCCAUCUGGAGCACCCGCCCUUUUAUGAAAUUCCAUAUUCAGACGCCGAUUUUCUCGACCAUAGUCAAUGCUGGCACCCCUAUCCUUUCAGCGGCCCCCUCUACCCAUCGCGUCUCUUCUCAACGGUCAGAGCCAGGUUUGGGUUGAGCGUGGUUAUCAAUGACGUGACCGAAUUCAUUUUGGAUUCCCAUCAUGUCGCUCCUACUGUCGAGGCUUUUAUGUUAGUCCACGAAAGACUCGCCAACUGGUUUGUCAAGCUAAGUCCCGCGCUUCAUCCUUCAAAAGACGCACCGCCACACAUCUUCAUCAUGCACCUCCAAUUCCACCUCAGCGUAGUCGCCCUGUGCAAGCCCAUCCUCACCUCAGGAGGCGAACCCAACCCCUCCGUCCUCAACAUCGCCAACAAAGCCAAGCUCGCCACGCGCGAAAUCAUCUUCCUCUUCAAGCAAACCUUCGGCUGGAAGUCCGCCUCCAACUUCCUCAACCACGCCCUCACCUACGGCGCCUUCAACGCCUUGCCCUUCGCCAAGGACGGCGAUCCCCGCUGGCGCCAGUCACUGGAGACUUGCAUCAGCGGCCUCUGGUACAUUUCCUUUUCCUUCCCCGUGUGCAGGUACCUGCUGCGCGCGAUCCAGCAUGCGCUUGUUGCCGCGGGGUUCGCGGAGACGGAUCUUUGUCCCGAGGUUACACGUAUCCUACGAUAUUUUGCGCGUAAUGUGUGGAAGAAGUCUCUGCUGGACACGUUGCAGAGUCGAUAUCCAGCCUUUGAUCCGCAGAAUAGCUUACGGUCGGUGGAGGAUUUGCUGGUCUCGGUUGAGAGUUUGGCUUUGAGUGAUGAACAUGGCUGA